UUGAGGUCAAAUCUUCUGCAUAGGCACGGAAAUGCUCAAUCACUUUGUAUCCAUCGGUGAAAAAGCUGGAAAAAUGAAAUAAAUAACUUUAGAGCAUUUUAGAAAGAAAAAAAAGAAAAAAUGGGAAGAUACAGAAAAGUGUUGCAUCCCAGAGCUGGUCAGCCUGAUGAGGAGACGGAAAAAUAUGAGAGAAAAAAGAAGAAAAAAAGGGAAGAUGCUGGAGGAGUAGAUGAUGGGAAGAAGGAAGAGAAAAAGAAAGAAGGGAGUAAGAAGAAAAAGGAAAAAGUUAUAUCUUCCAAGAAAAGUGGCACGAAAUUGAGCGAGAACAGAAGCAAAAGGAAGAUGAGGUCAAAAGAAGAAUACAAAGUGGAGUCAGGAGAUAGCAUUAAUUUAUAUGGAGACAACAAACAACCUGCAACAACAAGUCAAUCUGACUCUCAACGAAGAUUGUCACGUGACCCGCAACAAACCUCAAGUGUGUUCGGACACAUUCAACAAUCUUAUUUCAGAAACAAAAAUAUAAACCUUGAGCAAGAUGAGGGUUACAGGGUGGUGUUGAUACCGGGAGAUAACCCCGGAGUUAAAUGGGUGACUGCAGUCGGGUUACUGGGGGCCACCAUACUUCUGUUCACAGUAUGGGGACUAGCUUUGAAUUACAUUCUAACACCAGUGGCACCAGACGAUACUAACACAGAAACAAUGAGCACCACAGCAGGAUACUGAGAGCUACAUGUCAUUAACAAUAGUCAAGCAAACACCAAUAUGUGUUUAAAACAUAUCAAAAUUUUAAAAGCAUGAAAUUACUGUCAUACAGUUAUAAAAUUAAAUACAUACAUAUCUAAAAAUUUCAAUUUUAGGUAACGGAAAGUCAAAUUUGCUUGACUAUAGUUUUAUCAUGAGGGUUUAAAACACAGGAUUCACCUUAAAUAUAUUACACAAUGGUAAGUUAUAUAAGUAAAAUUUAUAUAGUAGGGUGAGGGAAGUUGGGACACCUUUGUCACGUAAUAGCCAAAUAUACCGAUUUUGUUUUUUAACAACGGUCUAUGGAAGCUUUAAACAAUUAACAACGGUCUAUGGAAGUCGUAAGUAUACAGUUUUAUAAUUCUUUGAAUGUUCUUUUUUUAUCACCAAACGCGACAAGAAAAUAAAAUGAAAGGGCGUCCCAUUUUCCUCGACCCUUCUAUAUUUACAAAAGCUGACACAAUUUAUUUACUUCCAGUCUAUAAUACUUUCAUAAAAUUGUGAAGAAAAAAAUAUCUAAGAAUUUUAGUUUUAGAAUUCGGGUUAUUAUUGAUUCAGCUUAAAACUUGGUAUAAGUGUACAAAACAAGAUUUCUCACAUAGAAUAUAAUGCACAAUAUACGGCAGGAUAUGUGCUUAAGUGACUAUUGUGUUUAAUG